AUGAUUAAUGAAGAAGAAAUAGAAGUUUUACAAACAAUUUACGCUCACGAUUUCACGAUUUCAAAUACGAAACCUACAUGGUAUGGAAUUAUGGUUGCUACUGGUGAUUCACAUGAAAAUGAUAAUGAUGAGAAUAUAGAACAACAAUAUAUUCACGUAUUAUUUCAUUUAUCACCUGGAUACCCUUCUGUGCCUGUUGAAGUUCGUAUCGUUUGUCCUGUUUUAAUGAAGUUGAUUGACAGCGACGAUGAUAUUAAAGAAGAAUUGGAAAAGGCUUUGAAUUUAAAAGCACAAGAGAUGGCAAACAAUGAAGAAUUUGCCAUAUAUGAAAUAGCAGAAUUAGCAAGAAGUUGGUUAUGGGGCAAUAAACGACUUUUAAAUACAUCAAUUAAUAUUAAUUAUGGUUGGUGGAUAGGGGAAUGGUUAGAUAAAAUAUUUAAUUGGCAAACAAAUUCAUAUUCUCCAUCAAAAAUCAUGGAACUUCAAUUUCGUGCGGAACUUCAAGUUAUUGAAAAUAUACAAGAUAAUUGCGGUAUCAAAAUCGAUAUUUCAAAGGUUAGGACCUUUUUAAGAACAAAUCUUUGGAAUGCAGAAAAAACGAUUGAGGCUAUUACAAAGAGUAUAAAAGAAAAUAAUAAUGAUGAUGCGAACGUUAAUAUUAUGCAUAUAAUUACUGAUGACAUUGACGAAAGAAGUUGUUGUAUUUGUUUUGAUACAUUUUCAUCUUGUGAAAUUACAACUUUUGUCAAAUGUAAUCAUAGUGUAUGUAAUGAAUGUUUUAUUCAAUAUCUUUUACUAAAGAUAUCAGAAAAUCAAGUUUUCACUAUUGGAUGUCCUGGUGCAGCUAAAUGCCCAAAUUUUGUUGACCCCAUAACAAUUGGACGAUUACUUUCACCAAAAUUAGUUUAUAAAUAUUAUUCUUGUCUUCGAGAAUCCUUUACUCAACUUCAACAGCAUUCAGAAAUUACGAAAAAAUCAACAUCAGCUACUCAAUCAGCAAAAAAAUUCUUAUGGUGUAUAAAUCCGAAAUGUAAUCAUUCAGUAACUCAACAAAAUUCAGAUAAUAUUGAAACAACAUCACUCUUACAUUGCAAUGGGUGUACUUUAGUAUGGUGUUCUUCAUGUGAUAUAAUUGGUGGGCAUUGGCCAUCGUCAUGUCAAGAUUAUGAAACUUACCUUCGCACAAACCAUACAGUAAAACCUCUUAAACUAAAUAAAAGCAAUAUUACAGAUAUCUCGACGAAGCCAUGUCCAAAAUGUAAAAUUCUGAUUGCAAAAAAUGGAGGAUGCAUGCAUAUGACAUGUCAAUUUUGUCAACACGAAUUUUGUUGGGGUUGUUUAGUACAAUGGAGAGCGAGGUCACAUAGUACUGUUUACGAAUGUGAUAAACAAAACAAUGAAGAAGUUGAAAUAUCAUUUGGAGUAUUUGAUGUAGAUGAUAUUCAAUUAUUAGCAGGAUCAUUUCAAAGAAAAUUCAAGCAAGGCGUUACAGUACAUUCACAAUCGUUAAAAAAUGAACAAAUUAAUUUGGAUAUUUUGGUUAAACAAUAUAAUAACGGAUCAAGCACCAAAAACAUUAGAAAAUUAAGAAUUCAUACAACUAAAUUAUUAAUUCAGGUUAAUUAUGUUAUGAAAUUUGCGUCGAUAGGAUUUUUUUGUAAAUCAAAUAAAGAUAAGAUUGAAGUAAAAAAAAGUAUUGAAAUAUUACAAAGGAUAGAGUUUGGGUUAAGAAGUUUGGAAAAUGCUAGAGAGCAAAUUAUUGAAAUUGAAAGAGACGGUUUUGGAAAAAGUAAAACCAAUAUAUUUAAUACAUUAGAUGAAGAGAAAAGAUUUAAACAACUAGAAUGUGAGAUUGAACAGUAUAAAGAAAGAUUAGAAAUUAAUAUAAAGAAACUU